UCCUCGACCCCAUUGCAUGCUAAUGGCUUCCAUGCAUGCAAUGUUUGAAAUCCUUCCGGUUGCCAUGGCAGUGGUGAACUUGGUGUCGCUGGCAAUUUUCCCCCCUACAAGCUUUCAAUUUCUGACCUCGAAUCGACACAGUAAGCCUUUGUUUGAAAAGUUCAGCGGCAGUGAAAAUUUUUCGUUAGAUAUUUGGCUCGAGCGGGUGGAAAAUUUUCGUAUUUCGUGGCGUAGUUUUCUUUUGAACUUUAUUUUCGAAGAUAUGGCCUCUUUGGAUCAAAAACGUGAAGCAUUCCGGAAAUACCUGGAAUCGGCCGGGGCCAUCGAUUGUCUAUCGAAAGCUCUUAUCAAACUGUACCAGGAGGAGCAAAAGCCGGACAAUGCAUGUAAAUUUCUUCGCCAGAUAAUGUGCGAGACUUGCCCCACGGAUGAACAGGUGGCGGAAAUGAUGCAGGAUCUCGAGAAUGCUAAGCAGGAAGUUUGCUGUUUGAAAAGGGAAAUUACCUCGUUGAAGGGUGAAAUCCGUCGGUCGUCAAGUGAGAUUGCGCUGGAACUGGCUGCUGGAUUUGAACAGUUGAAAGAGGACGAAGAGUGUAAGUCACUGUUGAAAAAGCAUCUUACGGAGGAGAUAUUCGAAGAACUAAAAACUCAGAAAACGGAACUCAAAUCAACACUGCUGGACUGUAUUCAGUCCGGCCUAGAAAAUCACGAUUCGGGUGUAGGGAUUUACGCUGCCGAUGAAAAAUGCUACGAAGUUUUUGCCUCGCUUUUCGAUCCGGUGAUUGACGAGUACCAUGGAGGUUUCGCAGCUGACGCUCAACAUCCGGCCAGUGAUUGGGGCGAUGCUGCCGUGUUCGAAAACUUGGAUCCAGAAAAUGAAUUUAUCGUUUCUACCCGUGUUCGCUGCGGACGGUCGAUUCAGGGCUUCCCGUUUAAUCCUUGCUUGAAAAUGUCCCAAUAUGAGGAAAUCAUGGACCGGGUUAAGACGGUGCUGGAGGGACUGGAGGAUGAAGAUCUGAAGGGAGAGUUUCACUCGCUGGAAGGGAUGACAAAGGAGUUACAGCAGCAGCUGAUCGACGAUCAUUAUCUGUUCAAGGAAGGCGAUCGGUUCCUGCAGUCGGCCAAUGCGUGCCGAUUCUGGCCGAUCGGACGGGGAAUUUUCUUCAACCCGGCGAAAACCUUCGUCGUGUGGGUGAACGAAGAGGACCAUAUGAGAAUCAUUUCCAUGGAUAAGGGCGGUGAUUUAGGUACAAUUUACCAGCGUCUAGUAACCGCAGUGGAAACCAUCGGAACCGAUAUUGCCUUCGCAAGAAGCGACCGUUUCGGAUAUCUAACCUUCUGUCCGUCCAAUCUGGGAACGACGAUUCGGGCUUCGGUACAUAUCAAACUACCCAACUUGGGUUCCAAUCGAAGCAAGCUGGAGGAAACGGCAGCCAAAUAUAACCUACAGGUACGGGGCACACGUGGUGAACAUACCGAAUCGGAGGAAGGCGUUUUCGAUGUUUCCAACAAACGUCGUCUCGGGCUGACGGAAUUUGAAGCCGUCAAGGAGAUGUACGAUGGCAUCAGGGAAUUGAUUGAGUUGGAAAAAACCACCGAACCGGGGGAGGAAACGGCCGACACUGAUGCCAAGGUAGAAGAACCAGCUCCGGAAGAAGCACCUGAAACCGCGGAAGAGUGACGCUAGUUACCAAAUUGAAAAUGACAACCAAGCACAGAAUAGCAAAUUAUGAUCAAAGCGAUCGACAAUAUUACCACGCGGCAAUCGGCUUGAGCAAUCGUUUUUUCUCUCUCUCUCUUCUUAUACAAGUAAAUCAAAUGUAGAACUUUCAUUCGCCACUGCAGUAAUUUACCGUCAGAAAGCGAGACAUAUUGAGAAUUGAUUGUAA